AGUUGUCUUUGACUGAUCUUAUUUCCUCAGGUGCUGGAUUAAAUGACGGGCAGUGGCAUUCCGUGUCCUUAUCUGCGAAGUGGAGCCAUGUGAGUGUGGUGGUGGAUGGUGACAUAGCCAUUCACCCCCUGGUGGCUGUGCUGAUGGACUCAGGGGAAACAUAUUAUUUUGGCUACUGUCCCCACAACAGCUCUGACUCCGGGUGUAGUCGUCCCCUAGCCGGGUUUCAGGGCUGCCUGAGGCUCAUCACCAUUGGUGACAAAGCCGUGGAUCCUCUCUCGGUACAGCAGGGGGCACUGGGGAGUUUCGGUGAUCUCCAGAUUGACUCGUGUGGCAUCACAGACAGGUGCUUGCCCAGCUACUGUGAACAUGGGGGUGAGUGUUCCCAGUCGUGGGAAACCUUCUCCUGCGACUGUCGGGGCACAGGCUACACAGGCGAGACCUGCCAUUCCUCUGUCUAUGAACGGUCUUGCGAAGCCCACAAAUACCAAGGGAAUCCUUCAGGGCUCUACUAUGUUGAUGCAGACGGAAGUGGCCCCCUGGGACCGUUCCUUGUGUACUGCAAUAUGACAGACGCCGCGUGGACCGUGAUGCAGCAUGGCGGCCCCGUCGCGGUGACCGUCCGGGGCGCACCCCGUGGGGUCCCACGCUCUGCGGCCUCCUUCGCCUACGCGGCGGGCACGGGGCAGCUCCGGGCCGCGGUGGGCCUGGCUGAGCACUGUGAGCAGAGGCUGGCGCUGCGCUGCGGGACUGCGCAGCCCCCGGACUCGCCAGAUGGAACCCCACUGAGCUGGUGGGUUGGAAGAACCAAUGAAACACACACUUAUUGGAGAGGUUCUCUGCCUGAUGCUCAAAAGUGUACAUGUGGAUUCCAGGGGAACUGCGUUGAUUCUCAAUAUUACUGCAACUGUGAUGCUGACCGGAAUGAAUGGACCAGUGACACCAUAGUCCUUUCCCACAAAGAGCACCUGCCGGUCACUCAGAUUGUGAUGACAGACACAGGCCGACCACAUUCUGAAGCAGCUUACACACUGGGGCCACUGCUCUGCCGUGGCGACGAGUCAUUUUGGAAUUCAGCUUCCUUCAACACGGAGACUUCAUACCUUCAUUUUCCUACUUUCCGUGGGGAACUUACUGCCGACGUGUGUUUCUUUUUUAAGACCACAGUCUCCUCUGGUGUGUUUGUGGAGAACUUGGGGAUCACAGAUUUUAUCAGGAUAGAGCUGCGUGCUCCCACAGAAGUGACUUUUUCCUUUGAUGUGGGAAAUGGACCUUGCGAGGUUACGGUGCAGUCACCCACUCCCUUUAAUGACAAUCGGUGGCACAAGGUGAAGGCUGAGAGAAAUGUCAAAGGAGCAUCUCUUCAAGUUGACCAGCUUCCUCCGAAGAUACAACCUGCUCCUGCCGAUGGCCAUGUCCGCCUGCAGCUCAACAGUCAACUCUUCAUUGGUGGGACAGCCAACAGGCAGAAAGGCUUUCUGGGAUGCAUUAGGUCUCUGCAGUUGAAUGGGGUGGCCCUGGAUUUGGAAGAACGAGCCACAGUGACACCGGGAGUGGAGCCAGGGUGUGCAGGACACUGCAGCAGCUACGGAUACUUGUGUCGCAAUGGAGGGAGAUGCAGAGAGAAACACAAAGGGAUCACUUGUGACUGUGCCUUCUCAGCAUAUGAUGGGCCAUUUUGCUCAAAUGAGAUUUCUGCGUAUUUUGAAACUGGCUCCUCAAUGACCUAUAAUUUUCAAGAAUAUUACACUUUAAGUGAAAACUCCAGUUCCCUGGCUUCUUCGUUACAUAGGGAUGUAACAUUGACCAGAGAAAUGAUCACAUUGAGCUUUCGAACCACACGAACUCCAAGUUUAUUGCUGUAUGUGAGCUAUUUCUAUGAGGAAUACCUUUCCGUUUUCCUCGCCAACAAUGGAAGUUUGCAGAUUAGGUACAAGCUAGACCAACAUCAAGAUCCUGAUGCAUUUAACUUUGAUUUCAAAAACAUGGCUGAUGGGCACCUCCACCAAGUGAAAAUCAACAGAGAAGAAGGAGUGGUCGUAGUAGAGGUCAAUCAGAGUACAAGGAAACAAGUCAUCUUGUCCUCGGGGACAGAAUUCAACGCUGUCAAAUCCCUUAUACUGGGAAAGUUUUUAG